AUGGCUUCUCCUGCGCCUGCAGCUACCAAGUCGGUUCCGCUAACAUGCUCGGGUCACACACGACCAGUUGUCCAUCUCGAAUUCUCGGAUCUGCAAGAUGACGGGACGUACACUCUGCUCAGCAGCUGCAAGGACGGCAAUCCGAUGUUGCGAGACUGGCUCGGAGAUUGGAUAGGCACAUUCUUGGGUCACAAGGGAGCCGUUUGGAGCAGCAAGCUUUCAGGUGGAGAGGCGAACCGAGCUGUGACUGGAAGCGCAGACUUCUCCGCCAAGGUGUGGGACACGUUCUCUGGUCAGUGCUUGCAGACUUUCCCGCACAACCACAUUGUACGCAGCGUAGCUAUCAAUGCGGCCGGCACGAAAAUCUUGACUGCUGGUCACGAAAAGAAGCUUCGGCUGUUUGACCUGGCAAAGCCCGAAGCUGAGCCUAGCUACUUGGUCAAUGCUGCCAGCGAUGCAGAAGCUAGCAAAGGUCUGGCGCAUCCCAACAACAUCAAGAGCAUUGUCUGGCAGCGGGGCCAGGGAGAGAACACGGCUAUCAGUGCGGGAGAGGACAAGACGGUACGGUGGUGGGAUCUAAGGACAAUGACCAAGUCGAGCGAGAUCUCUUUCACGGAUCCCAUCACUUCGAUGGAAAGAUCGCAGGGCUGCUUGGGAGAGCUGCUUACGAUCACGUCGGGCAAGAAUGUCUACUUUAUCGAUGCGACCACGCGCGAGGUGCGCAAGCAGCACCAACUCUCACUCGCCCCUUCUUCGGCCAGCGUGCACCCUGUCAAUGCGGACAAGUUUAUUGCUGGCUUUACGGGGGACGGGUGGGUCAGGAUCUACGACUUUGAGACAGCCAAGGAGCUAGAAUUGCACAAGGGCCACCACGGCCCUGCGCACGCUGUCAGCUACUCGCCCGACGGAGAGCUCGCUGCGAGCGGCAGCGAAGACGGUGAGCGCGCCUGCGGAGGAAGUCUGGCUCAGGUGCUUGAUGUGAUACUGUGCUGACGCUCCCACAAACUGCCUCCUGGCUCAAUCAGGCACGAUUCGGCUUUGGCAGAGCAAUCCAGGCAAAAAGUAUGGUUUAUGGCAAUGA